AUGGAGAAAGAUACGCCUGUCCGUAUAACCUCCGCAAAUGACUCCGUCCCCAGUGAUGAUGCCCCUUCCGCUGGCCUCGACACCGUCGAGCAGCUUAAGCACUUGAAAGAGCACCACCAUUGGGACCCCAACCUUCCCGAUGAAGUCGUCGACGAGGUCAACGAUGCCCUUCACGCUACCGACAAGGACAGGCGCCAGUCCAUCGUCGCCAGUCUUCUCGAGAACUCCCCCUACCCGGAAGUGCGCGCGGCCGUGCCCAAUAUCGACGAGGGCGGCCACUCCAACACCUUCCGCGCCUGGGCCAUUGGCAUGUUCUUAGCUACAGUCGGGUCUGCACUCAACAUGCUCUUCUCCAUGCGCCAGCCGUACAUCGUCAUUCCAUCGUAUGUCGCCCAGGUCGUCGCCUACCCCAUUGGCGUUGCGUGGGCCAAGGUCAUGCCCCAUAAGACAAUCAGGAUGUUUGGAAUGAGUGUCAAUUUAAAUCCUGGACCUUAUAGUAAGAAGGAGCAUGCCAUUGCGGUCAUCAUGGCCAAUGCCACCUUUGGCGGUGGUGCGGCCUACGCGACCGAUGUUCUGCUCGCCCAGCGCGCCUUCUACAAGCAACGCUUUGACUGGGCGUUUGAGAUCUUCAUGUGCAUCUCGACCCAGAUGCUGGGCUUUGGAAUGGCUGGCUUCUUCCACCGGUUCUUGGUUACACCGGCUGCAAUGAUCUGGCCGUCGACGCUGAUCAAUAGUGCGCUUUUCACCGCGCUCCAUGACCGAAGUCGGCCCGACCCAAGCAAAGUCUCUGGCUGGACAAUUGGCAGAUACCGUAUGUUUCUGUACUGUCUGAUUGGAUCUUUUCUUUGGUAUUGGUUUCCGGGAUACAUUGCCCCAUUCCUGAGCGUUUUUGCCUGGGUGACUUGGAUCAAGCCGAACAACGUGGUCAUCAAUCAGUUGUUCGGCGGCUGGACCGGCCUUUCGCUGAUUCCCAUGACUUUUGACUGGACUCAGAUUUCGGGAUUCAACUUUAGCCCGCUCAUCGCGCCCUGGCACGGAAUUGCCAACACUCUGCUGGGCAUGUUCAUCUUUUUCUGGGUCGUCACCCCGGCUCUGCACUACACUGGCACCCACUGGGCCAAGUACCUGCCCAUCAGCGACUCAAAUAGCUACGACAACACGGGUCAAGUCUACAAUGUUACGCGUAUUCUUACCCCGCAGAUGACCCUGGACAAGGCCAAGUACGAAGCUUACUCUCCUCUGUUCCUAUCAACCACCUUCUCUCUCGCCUAUGGGCUGUCCUUUGCCACCAUCAUUGCUGUGCUUAUCCAUGCCAUCCUGUUCCACGGAAAAGACAUCUGGGUGCGGUUCCGUCAGAUCGGUCAUGAGGACGAGGAUGUCCAUGCACGGCUCAUGGCUCGAUUCAAGCCUGUUCCGUUAUGGUGGUACGGCGCUAUCACACUUAUUAUGAUCGGAAUGGCUCUUGGUGUCACACUCGGCUACCCGACCAAUCUCAGCUGGUGGGCCUUCUUCAUUGCCCUGAUCAUGGGUGCAGUAUGGUUCGUGCCUUGCGGUAUUAUCCAAGCCUCGACCAACAUUCAGAUCGGUCUCAACGUUAUCACCGAGUUUGUGAUUGGGUACAUGCAGCCUGGCCGCCCGAUGGCAAUGAUGCUCUUCAAAACUUAUGGGUACAUCAGCAUGUACCAGGGCCUUUACUUCUGCCAGGACAUGAAGCUCGGCCACUACAUGAAGAUUCCUCCGCGGGUGACCUUUGCAGCACAGAUGAUAUCUUGCCUGUGGUCAUCGAUUGUCCAGAUCUGCGUCAUGAACUGGGCUCUCGGCGCCAUUUCGAGCGUCUGCACCCUCGAUCAGCCGAACCGCUACACCUGUCCCAACGGCCGCGUCUUCUUCAACGCCUCCAUCAUCUGGGGCACCAUCGGCCCCGCCCGCAUGUUCUCUCCUGGCCAACUCUACGCUAGUCUCCAAUGGUUCUGGCUCGCCGGUGCCGCCCUCCCCGUCGCCAUCUACAUCGCAGCCAAGCUUCUUCGGAACACCAAGUACGCCCGCUACGUGCGCCUUCUCAAUGCGCCCAUCAUCUUCGGUGGAUCUAGCUUUAUCCCUCCUGCCACGCCGCUCAAUUAUCUGUCCUGGGGCAUUAUCGGCUUCAUCUUCAACAAGUGGAUCCGCGACCGUUGGCGCGGCUGGUGGAUGCAAUACAACUAUGUUCUUUCCGCCGGUCUAGAUGUGGGCCUUGCCCUGUGCACCAUCUUGAUUUUCCUUACCUUGAACUUGACCAACACGGAGUUCCCAUCCUGGUGGGGGACGAACAUUGCGGCGAAUACGAUGGAUGCGGCGGGGACGGCUGUGCAGGUGACGGAGGUGAAGUUUGGGCCGGAGAGUUGGUAG